CCAUUCAAUGAUUCAAUAUGAAAUUUUCAAAGGCUUUUCAGAUAAGCAUAUAAUGAAAUCUUGAAGUUGUUGAUGAUCAAUAUCAUCCCCUCUCAAAUGAGAGUAUAGUAGAAAAAAGGAACAAAAAUGUUUGAGGUUUUGCUGAAAGUAGGUCCUUAUGGCCUUUGUUUAUACGCAAUUUUGGGUGUUGGUGCCUUUGUUUUUGUUGCGAGCGAGCUGUGGAAGAAGAUGGUGCUGCGGCAGCUUAACGGGGAAUAUGCCGGGACCAGUAAUAUUCCUCCGGGGAGUCUAGGGUUGCCGUUUAUCGGGGAAACUAUCCAGUUUAUGGCUGCCAUUAAUGGUGAGAAAGGUUUUUAUGACUUCGUACGUGUACGAAGUGAAAGAUACGGGAAUUGCUUCAAAACCAACAUAUUUGGCGAGACGCAUGUGUUUGUAAAGAGCACCGAAUCAGCCAAAACAAUACUAAACAAUGAGCUGGGUCGAUUCACAAAGAGCUACAUAAAGUCAAUUGCUGAGCUAGUGGGGAAUCAAAGCUUGCUUUGUGCUUCGCCCCACCAUCAUAAGCUACUUCGUGCGAGGCUAAUCAACUUGUUCUCCUCGAAUUCCAUAUCGUUGUUGGUUAAACAGUUCGACCAACUCGUUGUUGAUGCCCUUAAUGAGUGGGAACAUGGUGGCACUAUCAUAGUACUUGAUGAAGCUUUAAAGAUAACAUUCAAGGCAGUGUGCAAAAUGUUGCUAAGUUUGGAAAGUGGAGUAGAGCUAGAGUUAUUGCAAGAAGAUGUAAGUCAAGUUUGUAAAGCGAUGCUUGCAUUCCCUUUGAGGUUUCCUUGGACAGGAUUCUACAAAGGCCUUCAGGCUAGAAAAAGAAUCAUGAGCACAUUGGAGAAGAUCAUUAGUAGAAGAAGAACGGGUUUAGACCCUAAUUCCAAAGAUUUCCUUCAAUGUCUAUUGGCAAAGGAUGACAAUUCUAGUUUUGAUGGAAUGCAUAGACUAACAGAUGCAGAGAUUCAAGAUAAUAUAUUGACCAUGAUUAUUGCAGGCCAAGAUACAACAGCAAGUGCACUCACAUGGAUGGUCAAGUAUCUAGGGGAAAAUGAAGAGGCCCUUGAGGCAAUCAAGGCUGAGCAACGUCAACUUGCAGAAAAAACUUCAAAAAAGUCAUUUCUUACUUUGGACGAUCUUAAUGAAAUGCCCUAUGCUUCUAAGGUGAUUAAAGAGUCACUGAGAAUGGCAUCUGUCGUACCAUGGUUCCCAAGACUUGUACUCGAAGAUUGUGAGAUUGAAGGAUACAAGAUAAAGAAAGGGUGGAAUGUGAACAUUGAUGCUAGAUCAAUACACCUUGAUCCAAUGCUCUACAAUGAACCCAACAACUUCAAUCCUUCAAGGUUUGAUGAUGAACAUUUUUGUAAGCCAUACAGCUUCUUAGCAUUUGGAAUGGGAGCAAGGACCUGCUUGGGAAUCAACAUGGCCAAAGCUAUGAUGCUCGUCUUUCUCCACCGUCUACUAACCACAUACAAGUGGAAGGUAAUUAAUUUGGAUUCAAGUAUUGAGAAAUGGGCAUUGUUUUCAAGGUUAAGGAGUGGUUGUCCUGUGCAAGUGUCACGUAUUAGUAACAUAGAAUAAUAUUGGAUUAUGAUACAUCCGUAAUGUAAAUAAAAAAUUAUAUAAAAAUCAAAUAAAGUAUUAGUUGAAAUGAUAAAAUUAAUAGUGUUUUAAGUUUAAA